CACAACCAUCAGCAAUUGGUCAGUAGAAAACCGGCCAUCAUGAAGAACGGGUUAUUCAUUAUAAUUACCUGCUUCGUCUUCAAUGCUGCGAACUACGUGCAAAAACCCAAGCCAUUGUACUGUGGACCGAACGAAGUGGAAACCUGCGCUAAAAAAUGUCCCCCAGAGAAAACAUGCAGAAAUCGUGGCAUUAUGAUCUCAUGCCUAAAUGACCCAUGUCCGUGCACAAGGAAAUGCGUUUGCGCAGAUGGAUACUACAGGAAUGCUAUUGGAGAAUGCAUUACAGGAGAACAAUGUGAUAGAUGUCAGAAGCCAAAUGAAUUUUACUCUUGUAAUAGUGCAUGCGACAACGAAUGCAUAAACAUAUACUCUCAGAACCGCACAAAUUGCCCCAUUAAAAACAUUCAAUGCAAUGAAAGGUGUUACUGUGAUGAUGGCUAUGCCAGAGACGCAUCAAACAACUGUAUACCCGUUAACCAAUGCAACGUACGAGGCCGUGACCCUAAUGAAGUGUACACGUGCAGCAGAAGUUGCCCCCCAGAUCUAUGUAUAUCCACCGUAGCAUUUUUCAAAUGUAACAGCAACGAACCCGAGAAACUCCGGUACAGAUGUAAGCCUGGCUACUUGCGUGAAGAAGAUGGAUCACCCUGUAUACCGAUAUGUCAAUGUCCACAAAUGCGAGACGCACCAGAAUGCCAAAGAAUGUAUUUAACUAACAAAGUUAUGCAAAACUAUUAAUUGUAUUAAAAUAUUUUAA